GUAUUUGCUAAGUGGGGAUGUAUUUGAUAUUGGCUGCUGCCAGCAGGUGAAACUCCCAGGGCUUGAAUGCGUGGAGAGGGAAGGGACGCGAUCCCAUAAUGCGCGUUUGUUCCUGCGGUCACGGAGAGCACUUCCUGUUUCCCUUUAACUCUGACGGCGGCGCCCACGCCGCAAAGUUGCUGAGUAAUGGCCCGGCAUUCAGGCGGCUGAUGCAAAUCUGGAAAUUUUGCGUCAUCAUCCAGCACACGAACUGAGCAUGACAGUAGGGCUGCCAUGGAGAGCCUGCAUAUCACUGUGACAAGGCAGUUAGAGAGGGAGAAAGAGAGAGAGAGAGAGAGAGAGAGAGAGAGAGAGAGAGAGAGAGAGAGGGAGAGAGAGAGAGUUUGCGACAGGCACAACUUGCAUUAAGUCAGAAAGAGUUUCUCUGCUCAGAUUUUACUUUGGAUGCCCAUUGUCUGCCUGCCAAGAUCAUACAUGCAUCAACAUGCCUAGGAAGUCGUUUUCGGUUAAAAAGAUCCCCAUUAGUGAUGUGGAUUCCAGUAAAAAUGCCAUUAAAGGGACCGAUUCACCUGAGCUCUGCAGCCCCUCUGCACCUUCUGACAAAGUGGUGUUGAAGAAGAAAGUUACUCUCCUCCGUGGGAUCUCCAUCAUCAUCGGGACCAUCAUUGGAGCUGGGAUCUUCAUCUCUCCCAAAGGAAUCCUGAAGAACUCUGGGAGCAUUGGAAUGUCCUUAAUCAUCUGGUCUGCCUGUGGAGUCCUAUCACUCUUCGGAGCCUUGUCAUACGCAGAACUUGGCACGUGCAUCAAGAAAUCCGGUGGUCACUACACUUACGUACUUGAAGCCUUCGGUCCACAAGUUGCUUUCAUAAGGCUUUGGGCUGAUUUGAUUGCAAUAAGGCCCGCAGGGUUGGCAGUGAUCUCAUUAGCAUUUGGGCAGUACAUCCUGGAGCCGAUAUUCAUGCCGUGCGGGAUCCCUGAGGCUGCGGUGAAACUCGCCACGGCCGUCGGCAUAACCACAGUGAUGUACCUGAACAGUAUGAGCGUGAGCUGGACCGCACGGGUACAGAAUGUUCUGACAAUAAGCAAACUCCUCACCAUCGCCGUUAUCAUCAUCCCAGGGAUGGUCCAGCUCUUCAAAGGUGAAACGAAAAACUUCGAGAAUGCAUUUGACUUCAACAAUGUCCAAAUGUCGGGGCUUCCCUUGGCAUUUUACUCGGGAAUGUACGCAUAUGCCGGAUGGUUUUAUUUGAAUUUCGUUACCGAGGAGGUAGAAAACCCUGAAAGAACUGUCCCUCUGGCCAUAUGCAUCUCCAUGACGGUCGUCACCUUCUGCUACGUGCUGAUCAACGUGGCUUAUUACACGGUGAUGUCUGCCGAGCAGCUCCUGGCAUCGGAAGCCGUAGCUGUGACGUUUGCAGAGAAACUUUUCGGCAGCUUCUCCAUCGCCGUCCCCGUCUUCGUCUCCCUGUCCUGCCUGGGCUCCAUGAACGGCUGCUUGUUUGCCAUUUCAAGGAUGUUUUAUGUGGCUUCCCGAGAAGGUCAGCUCCCGGAAAUCCUCUCCAUGAUCCACAUUCGCCGGCACACCCCGAUACCAGCCGUUUUAAUUCUGUAUCCAUUGACGAUACUGAUCCUGUUUUCAGGGGACAUCUACAGUCUGCUCAAUUUCAUGAGCUUCAUGCGUUGGCUCUUCAUAGGGAUCGCUGUCCUAGGACUAAUAUACCUCAGAUAUAAACGGCCGGAAAUGGACCGUCCCUUUAAGGUACCUUUGUUUAUCCCGGCUGUCUUCUCUUUCACCUGCUUCUUCAUGGUCUUCCUCUCUCUCUACUCGGACCCGUUCAACACCGGCAUCGGCCUGGUGAUUAGCCUGACUGGAAUUCCGGCUUACUACAUCUUCAUUGUGUUCAACAAUAAACCCAAAUGGCUACAGAAGUCCUACGACUGGAUGAACCGGUCCCUCCAGAUCAUUAUGGAGGUGGUCCCACCAGAUUAUUGAUGGGGGCUGCAAUCCACACUGGAGAACUGUGACAAUGUGAAGGAUGCAAAGAGAACUGUUCGCCAGGCACCUGUCAGACGAGCUGAGCUCCGUAACAGCUCAGAUCAGCCACUGUUACCCAGCAAAAGGCAGAUUUUACAGACAACUGCUGCACAUAAGCACACUAAUACUGGUCAUUACACUGAACUUCUGUAUGUAAGCUGAUGUAAUAUGGACAUUCAUACUUUAACCACCCCAAUUACUACUAUUUGGACUUUGAUACAAAAACUUGAUUUUUUAAUGGGCUUUUUUAAAUUGUAUAAAACACGUGUAUUUUUAUAUGGAAGUGACACACUGUAUGUUCAGGAAAAGCGAGUGUUUAUAUAUAUAUAUAU